AUGAUUGGCGGCCCUCAGGGGAGCGGUGUGGAGUCGGCUGCCAACAUAUUCUCCAGGGUGUGCGCCCGUUUGGGCUACCGCAUCUUUGGAAAGCGUGAGUUCUACUCCAAUAUCAAGGGGGAGCACAGCUACUUUGUCGUGAGGGUAUCUGACAAAAAGAUACACUCCGGCGUCAGCAGCGUCACGCUGAUGGUCUCCUAUGAUGCAGAGACCAUCUUCCGGCACUGCUUCGAGGUCGUUCCCGGGGGCGGCAUACUGUACGACUCUGAUCUUGCGGACGUCUCGAUCGACGACGUACACACGCUGGAUGGCCCGUUCAAGGCCAGAAUCAGACGGAUGUUUCUGUCUGCAGGCAAGCAGCCGACCGUGGCAUCGAUACUUGAGAUGAGCAGGGCACGGGGGGUGAUGCUCUACCCGGUGUCCUUUAGGGGCACGCUGGCAGAGAUUGCCCAGAGGGAGGACAAUCCCAAGAUAAAGGGCAUGGUCCGAAUGUUUAACACCAUCGGGGUCUCCCUGUCCAUGGGGCUUCUCAGAAUGCCGCCCGGCCCGCUCUUCAGCUCCAUCGAGUUCGUCUUUUCAAAAAAGCCCAAGGUGGCCAUGCUCAACAGGCAGGUUGCCAACUUUGCCUACAGCUAUGCCAGCGCGUCGUUCUCCGGGUUCAGGCACUUUCUCAGCUCGGUUCCAAAGGAGCCCCACACGAUGCUUGUGCAGGGCUUUCACGGGACUGCCAUCGGCAAGAUGGUCUGCGGAUGCAGGUUCCAGCCCUACUACCCCAUCACACCUGCCUCUGACGAGUCCGUGUACCUGGAAUCAAACGCGAUCCUGGACACAAUCGGUGAUCGCCCUGGAUCCACCGUGGUGGUCCAGACCGAGGACGAGAUCUCGGCCAUCGGGAUGACCAUCGGCGGCGCCCUUACGGGGACCCGCUCCUCCACUUGCACCUCCGGCCCGGGAUUCUCGCUGAUGGCCGAGUGCCUGGGCUGGGCAGGCAUGAACGAGGUGCCGAUAGUAGUUACAAACUACCAGAGAAGCGGCCCGGCCACCGGCCUGCCAACGCGCCACGGCCAGGACGACCUGCUCUUUGCGAUACAUGCGGGCCACGGCGAGUUCCCAAGAAUAGUCUACGCCUCAGGCGACAUCGAGGAGAGCUUUUACGACACCGCGCGGUGCUUCAACUAUGCCGACGUCUAUCAGGUGCCGGUAAUCCACCUCAUGGACAAGUUUCUUGCCAGCUCCACGGUCACAUGCCAGCGGUUUGAUCCGGAGCUAGUCGAGAUCGACCGUGGAAAGCUGCUGGAGAGGAUCGAGCGGGACGACUACCGGCGGUUUGAGCAGACUUCUGACGGAAUAUCGCCGCGCUCCAAGCUGGGGCUGGAGAACGGAAUAUUCUGGAACACCGGCGACGAGAGUGACGAGUAUGGGCACAUCACGGAAGAUCCGGUGACCCGUGUGGAGAUGAUGGACAAGCGCAUGGGAAAACUGGAUCGGAUUCUGCAGUCGGUUCCCGACGAGGAUCAGGCGGUCUCCUUUGGGGUCUCUGAGCAUACCGUGGUCAGCUGGGGCUCUGCCAAGGGACCAAUUGUUGACGCCAUCCUGAUGCUGCAGGACGAGGGCAUAAAGGUGGGUUUUGUACAGAUAAAGAUGCUUCAUCCGUUUCCCUCGGGCCUGGUGGACUUUCUGCUCAAAGACGCCAAGACCAUAAUCGAUGUGGAGGCAAACCAUUCCGGCCAGCUGGGCAAGAUCCUCAGGCAGAACACGGGCCGUGAACCUGACUACUACAUCCUCAAGUACUCGGGAAGGAUCAUGACCUGUACCGAGAUAUACAACGCCCUCAAACACUACAAGACCGACGUGCACAACGACUGGUGUCCGGGCUGCGGCGACUUUGGAAUCGUCAACGCCAUCCAGAUGGCCAUGGCCGAGCUGCAGAUUCCACGGCACCAGGCGGCCAUAUUCUCGGGAAUCGGGUGCUCCGGCAAGACCUCCCACUUCAUCAACGUGUACGGCAUUCACACGCUGCACGGCCGGGUUCUCCCGUUUGCGCAGGGAGCCAAGCUGACAAACCCGCAGAUGACCGUGGUUGCAGCCGGCGGCGACGGCGACGGCUUGGGAAUCGGGGCGGGGCACUUUGUUGCCGCCGGGAGACGGAACAUAGACAUGACCUAUAUUGUAUUUGACAACGGCGUGUACGGCCUCACCAAGGGCCAGGCAUCGCCGACACUAAGGCUGGGAGAGAAGACAAAGUCGCUUCCCACCCCCAACGCAAACUACAACGUGAAUCCCAUCGGACUUGCUGUAGUCAGCGGGUUCACGUUCGUGGCCCGGGGGUACUCGUACGACGUGCGGCACCUCAAGGAUCUGAUCAAGGCCGCCAUCGCGCAUCCCGGGCUUGCAUUUCUUGACGUGCUGCAGCCCUGCCCCACCUAUAACGACAUCAACACCAGGGACUGGUACGCCGGCCACGACCUGGCAACCGAGUCACAGGCGCGGCAUUCCCGAAUAUACAAGCUGGAGGAUCAAGGGUACGACCCCGUGGUUCACUACAGCGGGGGGGCGGAGGUUGACGAGCGGCUCAGCCAGGCUCUCAUCAGAUCGCUGGAGUGGGACAGUAAGAUACCCAUCGGCGUCUUCUACAAGAACGAGCUCGUCGGGCCCUACGAGCAUAGAAUCAUCAACAACAUCCCAAACUACAUGGAGAACCCCCCCGCGGCGCAGAGCAUUGCCAGAAAUGCCAAACCCAGAACCGACAUCUCUGGACUGCUGGACUCGCUGGAGAUCUAG